AUGUUCCAGGUGGCCCUUUUUACUCUUAGCUCUGUGACUUUUGCUCCGUGGCUCUGGCUCCACCUGGUCACGAGGCUGUGGCAAAAGUUGAAGACGCCUCAAGGCACCCGCGAUUGGGUUGGCGAUGACUUGCUUCUGCGAGAAAAAAUCUUCAAGACAACCAGUGACGUAUUCAGGCGCCACGGCGGCACCCCUCUCGAUACCCCCGUCUUCGAAAUAAAGGAGAUCCUUUCUGAAAAGUACGGCGAGGACUCACGACUUAUGUACGACUUGGAGGACCAGGGCGGAGAACUCUGCUCCUUGCGCUUCGACCUGACAGUCCCGUUUGCUCGCUGGCUGGCCAUGAACGGCCACGUUACCCAUAUUAAGCGCUACCAGAUCGCUAAGGUCUACCGACGAGACCAGCCUGCAAUCGCCCGCGGUAGAUUACGAGAGUUCCACCAGUGCGACUUCGAUAUUGCUGGUGUUUAUGACCCUAUGGUUCCUGAUGCUGAGAUCCUAUGCGUUAUUGUUGAAGUCUUUGAAGCUCUGGAGCUUGGCAUUACAAUCAAAAUCAACCAUAGGCGCAUUCUGGAUGGGCUAUUUGCAGUCGCGGGUGUUCCAGAGGAGAAGAUACGCCCUACUAGCUCUGCGGUAGACAAGUUGGAUAAGAUGUCAUGGGACGAUGUCAAGAAGGAGAUGUUGGAGAAGGGACUUUCGGAUGAAGUUGCAGAUCAAGUCGGCGAAUAUGUGAGGCGCAGCGGCAAUAUUCACGACAUGCUGGAGGCCCUCAAGUCGAACGAAAAGCUCACGGCAAAUGAAAAUUUUCUUUUGACUGUUCGCUUGCUCGAGGGCUGGAUUACUACUCCGGGUUGA